AUGAUCAAAUCGAAUCCUGAUGAUCCUGCUAAUUUAUUGCCGGUAUUCCAGUUAGAACGUAAAGAUAGGGUUGUUAGAGGCCCAUUUCAACCCAAACUUAAAUUGUAUCCACGAACAAAGUUUGGAGAUAGAUUUCGGUGCUUUAAUAAAUCUUGGUAUGAAUUAUUCAAUUGGCUUGAGUACAGUGUGAAAUUAGACAGAGCUUUUUGUUUUCCCUGUCGGAUGUUCACAAAUUCUUCAGGAAUAAAUGCUGGCUAUACAGAUUCUGCGUAUUCAAAAGUCGGAUUUAAUAAUUGGAAAUUAGCUACAACUAAAUUUAAAGCACACCAAACUUCAAACACUCAUUUAAAUAGUGUAACUUCAUUAACAAACUUUUUGCACUUAAAACCAAUAGAUACAGUUUUAGAUGAAGAGAGAGAACUUAUACACAGUCAAAAAGAACAGCAAAGAUUAAAAAAUAGACAAAUCAUGCAACGCUUAAUUGAUAUAACUCUGUGUAUAGGUAUUGGUGGACGUUCAUUCCGAGGAAAAAAUGAAAAGGAAAGUAGUUACAAUAAAGGUCUGUUCAAAGAUAUUGUUACACUUUUGGCCAAAUAUGAUCCUCUUCUUAAGUCUCACUUAGAAUUAGGUCCAAAAAACGCUACUUAUUGUAGUAAUAUAAUUCAAAAUGAUCUAAUUAUAUCAAUAAGUCAAACAAGCGAUUUAGGACACCACGAACAGCUAUCAAUAGUUUUAAGGUAUUUUGAUGAUGAAAAAAAAUGUCCAGUGGAGCAGUUUGUAGGUAUGAAAAGAAUAAUGUCAACUGAUUCGCAGACUAUUUUUAAUGCAAUAAGUGAUGUUAUUAAUGACUUUGGUAUAAAAUGGGAGUCUGUUUUAUCAAUGUGCUUUGAUGGUGCAGCAACGAUGUCGGGAAGUGUAAAUGGAGUUCAAGCUAAAUUCAAAAAGGAAAAUGAUAAAGCGUUCUUUGUACAUUGCUAUGGACAUUGUCUCAAUUUGAUUUUAGUAGAUUCAGUUGGGAGAGAAAAUAGAAUAACUUUUGAUUUUUUUGGUAACAUUCAGUUGAUCUACUCAUUUAUUGAAGGUAGUUGCACUAGACAUGGUAUUUUGGAAACAAUUGCAAAUUCUUUAAACUUAAAACUUAAGACCUUAAAGUCUGUAUCAACAACACGGUGGGCCUGCCGCGCAGAAGCAGUUAGUGCUAUUAAAGAAAACUAUACAGCAUUGUUGGUUGCUAUAAAAGAAAUUUCGGAUAGAACAAAGCAGGCUGAUGUAAGAGCAAAAGCAUUAGGAAUAUUAAAUCAAAUGAAAACCUUUGAAUUUAUAUUUGCAAUGCUUAUGUUAAAUCUUAUUUUACCCUUAGUUUUAAAAAAUAAAGAAGAAGAAAUGAAAAUAUCAGUGUUUUUUCCAAUGUUAGAUAGAAUGAUAAGUGAUAUAGAAAUUAGAUUUAAUCAAGAGACUAUUAAUAUGAUAAAGUGUGUUGCGCGUUUGAUAAAACAAGAAGUUACUAAUGAUGAUCUUAUAAAUUUGUCCAAUAUAUUUGGAGUUGAUUUUAACGAUUUAGAUGCUGAGAUUCGAUUACUUAAAUCAAAUUGCUCAAUCAGUAAAGACAACAUAAAUACAUGUGAUGAUUUAAUAAAAUGGUUGGCUGAUUAUGGAACUGGAAGAGAUAUUAUAUUUCAAAAUAUAUUUAUAAUUUUAAAAGAAUUUUUGACUAUUCCGGAGUACAAUGCAGCAAGACCGGUUGGAUGCGUUGUUAACAAUAAGUAUUGA